AGACGACGAAGAAAAAGGUAGUGACGUCAUACAUUUGGGUAAAAUGGCGGUUGAUUUGACUCCUCGAUUUCGGAGACUCAAUAGCAAAACACGAAGUUUUCGUGAAAAUUUACGGUACAAUGGUUUGUCAGGCCCCUUUGGUGCCACCCUGCUGUGGCACAACAUCAUCCAAGCCCUGCACAGCCAAGUGGAGGUGCGCCGCCGGCGGAGGCACCUGCGUGCCCACACCGAUAGCUUCACAGGCUCGGACGCUGUCGAUGUCGUCCUUAGUUACCUGAUGCAGAACACAAACAUUUACGCUACUGACGUCUCUCGUCUCAAAGCCGCCCGACUAUGCCAGGCCCUGAUGGAGGCAAAGGUGUUUGAGCCGGUGGGCGCCAAGCUCUUUCGCCGCGUCAGGGACGAGGCGUUCGAAGACAACAGCGGAAGCCUUUACCGUUUCAUGGAUUCUAAAUCUGAUAUGACGCAGAACGGCAGCGGAGACGUAGAAAACCAAAGAAAAUAUUUUGGGAUGAAGAAGAGCAAGCGUGCCAAGUUGAACGACAUGCUCAUGAUCUCCAAUCCUUUGGCUGUUGGACCAUCUGACAAGAAGGUGGAAACGCUGCUCAGGUCCUUCAACCUGCCGCCCUCUGUCGCAACAGCCUCGACCUUUCUUCCCAAAACUGCGGUGGAGGAGGUGUGGAAGCAGCAGACGUUGCUGCAGCUGCUGCAGAUUGUCGAGCUGCCCAUGCUGGACUGCAUCCUAGCUUCACCAGUCAGGAGUGGGAGAGUGCCUCUGACCAAUCAAGACCUGGUUAUUCCCAAUACCUACUUGGAGCGAGAGCUGCCAGACACCCUUCAUCUACCUCAUUGGGACGGGUGGCUGUCGGCAGCCGUGGACUGCCUCGAGCUGUUCCCAGACCAGCUGAUUGUGGUCGCUGGGGAGCAACUCCAAUGGCAAGAUGGCGCAGAGCAACCGGCGAGCCAAAAUAGAGUCCUGUUUGACAUCAUCGCCAAGUACUACAGUGGACGGGAAAAGGCUCCGAUUCUGUCAGGACGCUACCUGGACGUACAUGUCGCCAUUCUCAAGCUGCUGGAAGAAGCCAAGGUGCAUGACGCCAUUAGAGCUUCUCAGCUGUGUCUACGUCUCCUGCAGACGAGCUCACGGGACGAGCUCAGGCGUCUUUUAGCCUUUAUGGCGGUGGCGGCUUGCCCGCACGCCUGUCGCCUCCAAAAACAGAGCGAUAACCGCACAGUGAUCAGCCGCACUUUCCUGAAGGCUAUUGUCCAUAAUGCUGAAUUGACAAAAUCCCAGAGUGAGACCUUGGUGCUGUUUCUCAUGGACAACCACAAAGACCUCUUUAAGACUCCUACAUCCCUCAUUGAAGCUGUCCGCAGGACACUGCGGAGCAUGCGGGACGGCAAAGAUGCAGACUCCAUCGCCACGUUCAACUUCUGCCCUCAGGUGACGCCGCAGCAGUACCAGGAGCAGCGCGAAGCCGCCACGCUGGAUAGUCUCCAGCGUCUCCUGCGGGACAUCUCCAUCAGUAGCAUGCCUGCCAAGGAGAAGAGGAGGAUCCUCAAGGACUUUGAGAGGCAUCACCCAGCAGUCUUCCUCCAACAUCUCACAAGCACUUUCUAAGAACAACACGACUGGACUUGGUACUUUAUGGCUCUUAUUAUAUCAAUAUUUUGAGAUGUUUGUCCAAUUCUAAAAUGAUUUUUUUUAAAGCUACAAUAACAGUUGUCUUUACUUUAUAAGCUAUGCUAUGCUGUGCACAUAUAAACAUUAGCAAUGUAUAGGUUUAAUCUAGCAUUUUCUAGGACUACUAAUUUAAUUUUUCCUUAGUUGUAGUGACAUUUUUGUAAUUAUUUGUUAUCCCUUCAAACUGAAAGCCAAGUUAAAAUGCACUUUGUUUGAUUUUUCACUUGAAAUAAUGUAUUUGCUCUAUAUCUUGUACAUUUAAUUUAAAUCUUGGUAAUUAAAUGUGGUCAUUAAAUCGCUCAACAUGUUAUAUUUGUGUGUUUAUCUAAAUGUAAGUUUUACUUUUACAUUUUUAAGAGGUUUUAAACAUUAUGUAUAGAAGCCCGUUUCCGUCACUAAUCUAAACAAAUACCCCAAUGGCAAGUCAUAAUUAUGAAACAAAAAUUCAUAAGAUAAAAAGUCAAAAUUAUGAAGUUUAACGUCAUAAUUAUGUGAUGAAAAUUGAAAUUAUGAGAUAAGAAAGUCAAAAUUGUGAUAACAUUUAUAGUUUUUGGAUUGAAAAGUAGAAAUUUAAAAAAAAAAUCAUUUUUUAUUAUUCUAUUGAGGAUUUUUUUUGUCUUUUUCCUCUUAUUUUUCCUCAACUCUAUGCCAAAACUGGUUGCUAAAAGUCCAUUCACAUUUGUUUUUUAUUCGCUUUACAUGACAGGAUUUUUUUACUGCUAUUUAAUUCCCCCUCCUCGUCCUCUUUUAAAUCAGCAUUCUGCUCGCUAUUACGAACGUCACAACUUUUCUGUCCGCACUUAUACUUUGCAUCACAUUGUACAUGUUUUAGGGCUUUUAGCCGCCUCCAUCUUCUUCUUAACACCUGCAGAGUUUAUGUACAUUUGUCACACUUUCUUGUCGAUUUUUAUUUCCGUUGUGGGACAUUGGUUGUGACUUUUGCUCUGUGCACACUGGCCCACAGUUUUUUUUAACGUCCUCUGGUUGACUUGACUUUCUCUUUUUAAUCCUUUUUUUUAAUUUUGUUUGGACUUCUUAUUUUGUUUCUUUUUCCUUCUUAGGCUCCUUCCUCCCCUCAAUUAAUUUUAUCCAGAACAACCUUGUUGGUAUGUUGACAAAUGAGGCAUGGAGGUCAAUAUUGUAGUGAACAUUGGACCCAAUGUUCACUACAGACAUCAUUCAAAUCCACUAUUCAUGGAGUUAAAGCAACUUAAACUGCACGAUGUGAUCAACUUUAAAACUGCUCAAAUUAUGUUUAGGGCAUCCCAAAACUCUCUACCAUCCAAUAUACAGAACCUAUUCCAGGAUAGAGAUGCUCACCAUAGUUACAGUCCAAGAGGAAACAACAAAUUAUAUUUGCCUAAAUUUAGAACAACUUUAAAAUCAAUGUGCAUUUCAGUGCGUGGAGUCACUCUGUGGAACAACUUAGGGGACGAGUUAAAAACAUGUUCGAACAUGAUUCAAUAUAAACACUGUUUAAAAAAGAAGUACUGAAGAAGUACGAGGAGGAAAAAGAGUGAUGCCCUCAGCACAGAGCGAUGGGAGAGAGGUGUAUGGUCAGAGAGUAUUUGGGCCUGUGUGUGUAUGUAUGUGUGUGUGUGUGUGUGUGUGUGUGUGUGUGCGUGUGUUUUGUCUGGUCUUGUCUUGUCUCAUACUAACAGUGGUACUAUUGUAUUGUUAGUGUACAGGAGUUUUUCUUGUUUUUGUUUGUAUGGUAUUCUUCUUGUAUUAUAUUGUUUAUGUUAAAUGUGGAAUGAGUGAGAGGGGUUGGGAUAUUAUAAGCAUCUGCUUCACCCAACCCCUUUUCAAGCCUUGCACAAAUGUCUCUGCCAAGAUGUAAAAAAAAAAAUUGUUGUUGUACUGUGCAGGUUUGAAAUAAAUACUUCAAUUCAAUAGAUUCAUCUUCAGACUUUGGACAUGUUUUUUUUUUAAAGAAAAGUAUUAAAAUAAUAUU